AUGAAAUUUUUCUCUGAUUUUCACUCUAAUCCGGUUCUGACAAAGGGAAGCACCUCUUCUUUGAUAAUUUUGGUUCCUAAGGUUAGUAGUCCUCAAUCUCUUUCUGAGUAUAGGCGUAUCUGCCUCGUCGGGAGUCUGCAAAAGAUUUUGUCGAAGGUUCUGGCGAAACGGCUGAAAGUGGUGGUUGAUAGUUUGAUAUCUAGCAAACAAACGACGUUUAUUAGUGGUAGAAAUAUUCUCGAUGGAGUCCUAGUCGUCAAUGAGAUUAUUGACUUGGCAAAAAGGAAAGGGCGGAGUUGCUUGAUCUUGAAGGUAUACUACGAGAAAGCUUAUGAUUGCGUGUGUUGGAAGUAUUUGAGAUAUGUUCUGGUUAAAAUGGGGUUCGGGAACAGGUGGUUGAGAUGGUUAGAGCACUGUGUCUUUACAAGUUCAAUGGCAGUUCUGGUUAAUGGGAGCACCACUUCUGACUUCAUGGCUCGACGCGGCUUGAGGCAAGGAGACCCGUUGUCGCCUUUGCUCUUUGUUAUAGCAAUGGAGGGUCUAACCCGUCUUAUGGACAAGGCAGUUGCUGCUGGGAGCUAUAGAGGUUUCCAAUACGGAGUUAACAAUAGCGUGAAUAUUUUACAUUACGUGGAUGACACGAUCAUUCUAGGAGACGGUAAGCUCCAAAACUUGUGGAGUUUUAAGGCGGUCCUGCGGGGCUUCGAGCUGAUGUCAGGCCUCAAGAUCAAUUUCUACAAAAGUAACGUUUACGGUAUUAAUCUUAAGGAGGAGGUUAUGCAAGCAACGACGUCGUUUCUUACUUGUAGUGUCGGCUCUCUCCCGUUUAAGUUCUUGGGGGUAAUGGUAGGAGAUAGCCCAAGGAACAUUAAAAUGUGGAAGGAUGUGGUGCAGAGUGUGAAAAACAGAUUGGACGUGUGGAGAGGGAGGGUCCCUAAAGCGGUAAUUAAAGAGCUCGUAAGAAUUCAACGAAAUUUUCUGUGGAACGGCCUGGUUGAGAAGAAAGCUAUAUGCUGGGUAAAGUGGAAAGAUGUUUGCAGAGUUAAAGAAGAAGGGGGUCUAGGCAUCAGAGAUAUCGAGGAGGCAAAGGUUUUUGUUAACGAUUGCAGAGUGCUUCGUAAGCGGGAUUCGGUGUGGUGCAGGGAUUUAGUUUCUAUUAAUGAUAGUGCUGGAUCUAGAGGAUUGGCUUUUUCUGAUGUGGUUAUAUGCAGGGUCAAAAAUGGAACCAAAACGGCUUUUUGGUUUAGUAAGUGGAUAGGAAACCAAAGCCUUGCUGAAGCUUUCCCAGAGCUGUACGGCUUGGCAGCUAAUCAGUUUAUGACAGUGGCAGAAGCGGGGCGGUGGCAGGAUGAUGUGUGGCAGUGGGAAGUGCAUAAAUGGUGCGAUAAUGUGGGGGAUGUGGAGUAUAAUUUAUUGUUGUUCCUGGAAACUUUGGUCUUGCAGGUUACGCUAGAGCAAGAAGGAGAAGAGGAGUUCGAUUGGGAUGUUAAUGCGGGUGACGGAUUCACUGUGAAGUCGUGUGCUGCUGUGAUCAGAAAAAGAAGCUCCAUGGCCUUGCUAGGGGAAGCAAAUCGGAAGAAACUGAGUUUCAUCUGGAAAAUUGCAGCUCCCUCAAAGGUUCAAGUCUUAGCUUGGAGAAUGGUUUUGGAUAGGAUUCCGACGAUAUCGCAAUUGAAGAGGAGAGGCAUCCUCCAUGACGAAGCUGACUGUCGUUGUGUUUUCUGCUUAGAUCACGAGGAGGAUUCUACCAAUCUUUUCGUGGAAUGCCCGGUGUUAGAGAAGAUUUGGGAAAAAGUGGGAGUUUGGAUAGGUAAUUCUAUUUCGCUAUCGAACCUUGAGCUAAGAAACUAUCUCGCUUUCUUUGAUAAAAUUAAGGUGCUAGACGAAAGGUUAACUGUUGGAGGUAUUUGGUUGGCGGUAGUGUGGACCAUAUGGAAUACGCGGAAUUCUAUAGUAUUUAGGGGCGGUAUGUUUAUUUUCGAUGAUUGUUUUAGUGCUAUCGUUUUAUCUUCUUGGAAAUGGUUUCGAGCAGUUAAGGUUUCUUCUGUAACCGGUAAUUUUCACGUUUGGAACGUUUUACCUCUAAUGUGUAUAAAGAGGAAAAAUUCUGUGUAG